CGUGCGAUCGUCCGGACGCUUACGGCUUCGGUACUUUUUAUUUUAUAAGUGGACAGUGCCAUUGAACCUUUGUGAAUAAAAACCUCUUUGGAAACCUUUUUGGAUACAUUUGGAUUUUUUUACAAUCGCAUUGAUAAAAUGCACAAGUAAUGGAUACGCUAACCUGGUUGUCGCUCGGGCUGCAAUUGGCAGCAUUAUGCUCCAUCGUCGGUGCUCUACUUCUUUAUUUGCUGAGGAAGGUGAAGGUCGCUGAAGUUUUGCCUGUUGCAAGUGCCAAGACUGUACUUGUGACCUCUGUGGACUCAGCAUUGGGAUUACAGAUAGCCACAUACCUAAGUAGCCGUGGUUGGCGAGUAAUCGCUGGCUGUCGCCCUGGAGGCCUUGGAUCUCGUCUGGCUGAGUCCUGGCUGCAGAACAAUACCCCUGAAAACCAGCCUACACCACGAUUAGUUACCUUAGAGCUGGAUGUAGCCAGGGAAGAUUUAUUGGAGGAAGCGGCGAGAGCUACGGCUCAGCAUUUGCCGGCUGGUGAACAUGGCGUAUGGGCAGUGAUCAACACAGCUGGAAGUAGCGGUCGUGGUGGUGCUGCCUGCUGGGAGACAGCGCUUAAGGGAAACGUACUUGGUGCUUUACGAGUGGCCAGGACUUUCGCACCUUUAUUGGCCGCUGCUGCAUCAGAUCAUCCUUACGCUGGUCGAUUGUUUUAUAUAGGUCUAACAUCAGAUACGGCAUGUGAAAGUCUGGAACGCCUGGAUGGCGAGGGUGAAAGUAGUGCAGGGGCAGCUGCAGUUCGUUGGGGCACUUGGGGCGCUGCGCGUGCGCUUCGGGCCUCUCUUCGUGCGCGGAGACUCCACGUUGUACUCUUGCAUACACCGGAUCUGUCUUCAGCUGAGCUGUAUUCGCCUCCAGUGCAAUUGACGCCAGCAAGUCAGCCAGCCAGCCGACCAGAUACUCCGAGCUCUGACGUAAGUUCUUCAACCUGCGCGGUGACUAUGCCCGGAGAGGCCGCGGAGUACAGCGCUAAGGUCCUUCCUACGAACGCCCUCAAGGUGUUAGAGGAAGCCCUGACUUCUCCAUGCCCCAGGGACGCCUACUACCUUAAGAUGAAGCAAGACUCUUGGUUUACAAGAAUGCCAUCUCUAAGAGUCGCAUGAUUCCAAUUAUUAGUUAUAACUGACAUACUUAACGAUACCAAAAUCUUUACAAGAUUCAAAAUCACAUUUUAAAUUUAACGACUAGUCUGUGGGACAGCCAAUACAACUUUUGACAUAUAAAGGGUAUAAUAGGUAUAUCUGUACACGAUAAAGUAUCAAGUCACAAAUUAACAGUAUAUCGUACAUAAUUAAUCUAACUUAUAUUAGAUUAUCAAUUUAUUCUUAAUCACUGGCGAUGUAUCCUGCACAAUAUUUGCUUACUAUUUAUUCCUUAUAAUUUUCAUCUGCAUUAUCAUGUCCUUAGAUAGGACAUGAUAAUGAUCUAUAAGUAGACUAAAAUUGUAUCCAUAAACGACAAUUAUGAAUAUAAAGAAGAAUAAUUUUAUAGCCUCUACCGAAUGAAUUCACAUAUAUGAAAUUUUAAUCUCAAAGAAGGCCCCAUUUUGAAAAUUGCUUGAAACUUUAAUGGCCAACCAUUAUGUAUAUAGACUGAAGUCAAAUUUAUUGACUCCACUUAGUAAUCAUGGAAUUCACUUACAACACACUGCGCCAUGACAAAUCCAUCGCAACGCAGCGUAUAGUGAUUACGCAUUGGAGCAAUUUCAAAAAACACAGCUCAUUAUUUUAUUUAUAAUCUAUAUUUUUACUAUAUUAAGAAUCUGAUACAAAUAUAACAUACAAGUAUAGUGUGAAACUACGGCAUUGUAUCCUUUAAUCAAUUUUGCGUGCGACAUGAUUGCGUACUGUAAGUCGUAUUC